ACUCCCAGAGAGAGAGAGAGAAAGAGAGAGAGCGUGGGAAUGAACAGUACAGGCGUUGUACCGGAGUCCAACUUCACUCUUCAGUCUUCUCUGCAAACUCCACUGUUCCGCGGGACCCACCGGCGCAGCCACUCCCCUCCCGAAACGUGGAGGAUUCAUGUCACCGUCAAAUUCAAUCCUCCAAAAUUAAAAAUAAAAAUAAGAAAAACAAAAAAGUCCCCGCGGCCGCGACUACUAUAAUUACGGGUGGCACAUCCACGGCCACCACCCCCACCACCGCCGUGCGACAGCGAGCGUGCGGACCUGCCAUUUCAGCCCUCCCUCUCUCUCAUCUACCCCCAUCACCAUCAUCAGUACUCCCCCCUGUUUUUCUCUCUAUAUUGAAAGCUCAAAAAGCAAAGGUCCGGUCCCUUUCAUUCAUGAACGCAAGCAGUCAUUAAAACCCUUACCACCUGUGGUUCCAAGUUCCAAGGUCAAGUCUCCUCUCUUUCAGAUCCUUCGUCUGUCCAUGAGCUUGUAUAUGUUUAGUUUUUGAGGCUCUGUGCGUUUCGGAAUCGGCGGAGAUGGAAGAUUUCUACAGGCUCGACCCGAUACUUUCGUGCUCCGACGAAAUCCUAGAACCCGCGCCGUUCAACUUCGCCUCAACUUCCGAUCAGUUCUUCUACGCUCCGAGUAAUUGCAACGUGCUUCGACUCGACGCGCCGGAACCGGAACGGGAACCCGAACCGAAACCUGAGCCGGAGAUGAACGGAUCCAAUAUGUCGGAUUCGGAUCCCCUCAAGUCUAAAAUCGCCACUCAUCCUCGCUACCCUACCCUCGUUUCCGCCUACAUAGAAUGCCGAAAGGUUGGUGCACCGCCGGAGAUGGCCUCGCUUCUGGAAGAAAUCAGCCGGGAUAGAUCGAGCUACUCCAUCGGCAGCGGCAGCGUCAUCGGCGCCGAUCCCGAACUCGACAAAUUCAUGGAAUCAUACUGCGAGGUUCUUCAUAGAUACAAGGAGGAGCUAUCGAAGCCAUUCGAUGAGGCGACGACGUUCUUGAGCAGCAUCGAAUCGCAGCUCAAUGAUCUCUGCAAAGGAACAUUCGCAAAUUGUGAUCACUCAGAUGAAGCAGAUGGAACUUCAGAUGAGGAAGUAAGUUGUGGAGAGGUAGAAGCAUCAGAAAGUCAAGAGUCUUCUAGUGCUCGUCCAGGUGACUCAGAGUUGAAAGAAAUGCUCCUCCGUAAGUAUAGUGGCUAUCUUAGCAAUUUGAGAAAGGAAUUCUUGAAGAAAAGGAAGAAAGGCAAGCUACCCAAAGAUGCAAGGACCAUGCUGUUGAACUGGUGGAACACCCACUAUAGGUGGCCAUAUCCAACGGAAGAGGAGAAAAUGAAUUUAUCUGAGAUUACCGGAUUGGACCCAAAGCAGAUUAACAACUGGUUUAUAAAUCAGAGGAAGCGGCAUUGGAAACCAUCUGAAGACAUGAGAUACGCUCUCAUGGAGGGCAUUGGUGGCAGCAUGAGGGGACCUAUGUAGUGCGAUACUGCAGGUGGCCCUGGAAAUAAUGAUGUAUGGAUUAUGGCCUGGUUUCAACUUUGCCCUCUUCACCUGUCUAGAGUAUGUAUUCACUCUCCAUCUUUGUCUCAUUCUUGUUGAAUCUACACGUAAAUAUUAGGAUAGCCUCUUUUUUCAGAUAUAAAGAAAUCCCUGUGUUCAUGUUGUUGUAUUUUUCAUAUAAUUUCGAUAUCCAAGUUUCAGUCAGAAGGGAGCAUGCUUGGUGUUUCGGUUUUCAUGUGUCCAAUUCUGUCUUUCAUCUUAUACAAGACCACAGAACGGGAAAUUCAGAAUUCUUUUGUGAUGAAUACAGAGAUUGUUUAAUGAUCUCUUAUUUAUUUGUAUUGGAUGCUUGAUGUCAUGGAUUUUCCAAAUUCUAGCCUAAGCAAUAAGCCCUUGCACUAAUAAAUUAUUGCAUAGAUUUUGGGA